GCCGGCCUCCUGGCAGGCAGUGUGAGCCUGCCCACCUCCUUUUUUCCUCCGUCUGUAUCUCUGCAUGGUAGUGUUUAGAGCUCAGCAUCUUUAUGGGAUCCGCUAGGUGAGAGCUGCAGCUUGGCCUGUACCUUUCGCUGUUGCAGGGGGGGGAGUUUGCAUCUUUACUGCCUUUAAGAUAUUUGCUUGCCACUCACCGAACAGAGGGGUCUACAGUGUAUGCAGCUGGGCUGUAGAAUUUGCUGCAUUUUGUUCACAGCCUCCCUUGGAGAUUGAGGAAUGAUAUUCUGCCACCAUGAUGGAAGGAUUGAAAAAGCGGACAAGGAAAGCAUUUGGUAUACGGAAGAAAGAAAAGGAUACUGAUUCCACGGGAUCACCUGACCGAGACAGCAGUCAGAAGAAAGCAAAUGGCGCCCCAAAUGGAUUUUAUGCAGAGAUUGACUGGGAGAGAUAUAAUUCUCCUGAGGUUGACGAAGAGGGCUACAGCUUCAGACCUGAUGCUGAACCUGGCUCUACCAAAGGAAAGCACUUCUAUUCAUCAAGUGAAUCAGAAGAAGAACAAGAGUCGUGCAAGAAGUUCAAUAUUAGGAUUAAGCCUCUGCAGGCUAAAGAUAGCUUGAAAAGUGCUGCAACUGUGGAUGAGCUAAAGGCUUCAAUAGGAAACAUUGCCCUAUCUCCUUCUCCAGUGAGGAAAAGUCCGAGGCGUAGCCCGGGUACUCUAAAGAGAAAAGUAUCCCGUGAAGAGAUUGCAAGGCCAAGGCGCUCUACACCAACAGCUGACCUUGUGAGCAAGAAGGAGCCUGCUGAAUUGUUUGGUCCUCCACUAGAAUCUGCAUUUGAAGGGCCAAAUAUUGAUGAGCAAUCAGAAAUUUGGGGACCAGUGCAAACACCCAGCACGAAUGAAGAAUUGCCAACGCUUUCAAGGCCGUAUCCGUCUGGAACACCCCCACCCAUUCCACCAAAAAAUAUACCAGCAACACCACCGAGAACAUCUUCCCCACUGCCAGUUGGAGCAGUUGCAGUGUGUCAUAUGACAGAACCAGAAGUUUCUGAAGACCAUCUCCCCUCAAUAAGUGACCUGGACAACAUUUUUGGCCCUGUACUGUCACCAAAGUCUGUCAUUGUUAACUCUGAAGAUAAGUGGGUCAGCUUUGUCGAUCCUUCCCCAGAACAGAUUUCUCCAGUGGUUUCACCUGAAAGAACCGCAGAUUCUCCAGUUUUGGAAGCAGAAAGUCCUUGUGAAGCACCCCCCAGUGAGACAUCUCGUAAUAUUCCAUCUCCCCUCAAUUUGGAGGAAGUACAGAAGAAAAUAAUGGAACAAGAAUUUAUUAAAGAUGAUUUACCAGAAACUGUUGCAUCACCUAAAGAUUUUGGCCUGGGACAAAGGGCAACUCCACCUCCACCACCACCACCCACAUACCGAGCUGUUGUGUCUUCACCUGGACCCAGCCCUAGUUCUGGCUGUACAAGUGGUACAUCAUCUCCAGCUCGUCCUGCAACCCCUCUUGCUAUCUGUAGUACAACUCCUCCACCACCACCUCCUCGUCCACCCUCUCGGCCAAAGCCACCACCCGCAAAGCCUGGAGUUACUGAUGUGUCAAGACCCUUCAGCCCUCCCAUCCACUCAUCCAGUCCUCCACCUACAGCUCCUCUUGCCCGCGCUGAAAGCACCUCUUCCAUUUCUUCAGCAACCUCUCUGAGUGCAGCCACGACACCGACAGUUGAAGGGGAUUCAUUUGUUGACAAACGACCCUCGUGUGACAGACAUGAGCCACCCACAGAGAAUGAACAGCCUUCCCUCAUUUGGUUUGACAGAGGAAAGUUUUAUUUGACUUUUGAAGGCUCUUCCAGAGGUCCUAGCCCUUUAACUAUGGGUGCUCAAGAUACUCUACCCGUAGCUGCUGCAUUCACGGAAACAGUAAAUGCCUACUUCAAAGGGGCAGAUUCCAAUAAGUGCAUUGUAAAGAUCACCGGGGAAAUGGUAUUAUCUUUCCCAGCUGGAAUCACCAGGCACUUUUCAAACAACCCAGCACCAGCUGCUCUUACAUUUCGUAUAACUAAUUAUAAUCGGUUAGAACAUGUUCUGCCAAACCCUCAACUUCUCUGCUGUGAUAAUGCACAGUCUGUCCCCAACAUGAAGGAGUUCUGGGUCAACAUGCCAAAUCUGAUGACUCAUCUAAAGAAAGUAUCAGAACAGAAGCCACAGGCAACAUAUUACAAUGUAGACAUGCUCAAAUAUCAGGUAUCUGCACAAGGACUUCAGUCUACUCCUCUGAACCUUGCAGUAAGCUGGAGGUGUGAGCCUUCCAGUACAGACCUCCGAUUAGACUACAAGUACAAUCCAGAUGCAAUGACAACACCUGUAGCUUUAAACAAUGUCCAGUUUAUUGUUAAUAUUGAUGGAAGUGUAACAAAACUCCAGGCUGUUCUUCCUCCAGCUGUCUGGAGUGCUGAACAACAGAGGAUAUUGUGGAAAAUACCAGAUAUUUCCCAAAAAUCGGAAAAUGGAGGUGUCGGCUCUUUGCUGGCAAGGUUCCAGCUAUCAGAGGGGCCAAAUAAACCAGCACCUCUUGCAGUACAGUUCACCAGUGAAGGAACCACCCUGUCUGGCUGUGAUAUUGAGCUUGUUGGAGGGGGAUACAGAUUUUCCCUUGUUAAAAAGAGGUUUGCAGCAGGAAAAUACCUGGCGGAUGUCUAAUGGCAGUGUAUGCAUAUGGAACAGUCUAAAUGGAGUGUUCCUAAAACAGGUUUUAAUUAUAAGCUAAUGGACAAGAACAAUGUUUGUUUGUGGAAACUUUCUGAUGAAAGCUGCUACAGCUGAUGAACAAGCAAGCAUCUUCCUCGGAAUCCUUCAUGUUGACCAGUCCUGCAGUAUUUACUUCUAGAUGUCACAUUGUUAAUGGUUUUAAAAAUGUAAUUAUUGUAUUUGUAAAUUGUACUUAUUCCAGUAAGCCUGUAUUUUGGCAGUUAGACUCUUUCUUGUUUCAACAUCUUACUAUUGGUAAAUAGAUGGAAUUUAAACUGUUAAAAAAUAUAGUAUUGCUGAACGGCACACUGCUUACGGAAACAGAUGUGUGUGUAUAUUUAUAUAUAUAUCUUGUGUAGUGAUGGACAGCACUCUGUUCUUCCUGGGUGCACGGUAAGGAAAUUGCGUAUAUACAAAAAAGACAAGCAACACCAGGGUUUUUUAGUCGAUGAAAAAGUUAUUGCAUGCGUAACCUACGCGACGUUUUGGUCCCCUUUCUCAAGGUCUCAAUAAGGACCGAAACGUCACGUCGGUUACACAUGCAAUAACAUAUUAAUAGCUGUUGUAGGGGGUGCCUCAUUUAAACAUUGUGUCCCAAAUUAUUUGGCUAUGCACAUGACAAUGAAAGGAGUCUGACUUCUUCAAACAUGCAGAUAGAUUCAACAUGACAUUUGCAUGCUGUAAGAGGUUGUGAAAAAUAAGGCUAGUGAAGUAGUCUAAUAAAAAUUCAGCUUUUUUUACCCCAAUGGAACCCAUAAUAAUUUUGCCACAUAUUAAGCAGUAAACAAAACAGAAAAUGAUGACUAGCUGUUAAUUAACCGGUCAAGAAAAUGUGAAUAAAAUGUAAUGUAUCCCUAACUGGAAGCCAGUUAAGGAUACAUUUGAAGAUAAUGGAGCUCAUUUUUAAACACUGGGCAAAAUUGCACCUGGGCAGUAACCCAUAGCAACCAAUCAGUGACCAGCUGCAGGUUGAACAGUAAAAGCAAACAUCUGGUUGCCAUGGGUUACUGCCUAGGUACAAAUUUGCCCAGUGUUUAUAAAUGACCCAAUGACUUUGUUCACCAAGAUGCAUCUGAAAUACCAGCUUAGUUAAUUAGGGUGAGAUUUUGGGUGAAAACAUUUUUGAUCUGCUAGAUAUUUUGGAACUUUGGCUGGAUGACUGAUACAUAUAUGUUUUCCUGUAUGUAUUUUUCUUUCCUGACAAAGUUGAUCCUCCAAAAAUGGGCUUGAACUGAACUGAAGUUCAACAACCACUGCUGUAGAAAACAGUCACUUUUUUUACUGUUGAAAGUAUUACUUGUUUUUAUUUCUCUGACCUUUAAACCACACUGCAACUUCUGAUCAAAUACAUGUCUGUUUGUUUGAUUAAUAACUGCAUUGUAUAACUUUAUUUAAAACAGAGGGGAUAAAGCAGAAAACACAUUUCCGAAUAGACUGUUUGGGCAACCAAUAGUUUUAUCACUAACCAUAAUGAAAUAAAGAUUGUAAAAAUCCUGCAA